UAUUGAUCAGUCGCUCACGUACCACGGUAGUGUCAUUACUAGUUCUGCGUGAUUGUGUAAAUUUUUAAAUAUGAUUGUGUUAGAUGAAAAGAGUGUGUACACUAAGAACUCAGCGAAGACUACAGUUAUUUCACAUUUCAGGCGUGUAAUUUUUGAUGACAAUUUCGAUUUGUUAGUUAAUAACUCUGACGGUUUUUUUAACGCGACCUCGUUAUGUGAUAUGAAAAAUAAAAGAAUAUUUCAUUUUCAAGAAAGUAGAAUUUACAAGCAUUUAGAACCGAUGCUAUUGCAGAAAAUUGAAUUCUGUGAUAAAGUGCAGUACAAAGCUCGUGAUUUAGGAUUCUCCGACCAAUCGGCCGUCAGCGGUAUGUAUUAUCAUCCGAUAUUAUUUUUGGCUUUGGCGUCAUGGUGCGGCGAAGACUUCUACGUCAAGGUCGCCAUAGCCGUCAACAGUUUUUUCAAUCAAACCGCCGAACGCCGUGCGCUGUUCGAUCGGACAUUUUCGUUGAAACCGGUGGACCUGCCGGCAAGAGACAAUGACAACUGUGUGGACACGCCUUACCCACUCCUGCAAGGGUAUCGAAUGAUAAUGUACGCUGGAUUCGAACUACAAUUAUUAGACAAGAACAAAUAUAUCAACGCUUCGAGUUUUUGCUACAAAUAUAGCAAUCCGCAAAAGUCUUUAAAAAUGUUUUCCAAAUCAGCCAAAUUUAUUCAACUAAUCAAACACUUGAAAUUAAUUUUGAAUUUAAAUCCGGUGUAUGAUCAGCAUAAUGUUAACCAAAGGUCUCCAGAGUACGGUACAUUUUAUCACCCAUUGUUGUUUUUGACACUGACUUCAUGGGUCGAUUCCGAUUUUUACAUCAUAGCGUCGAAAAUCGUGUUUGCAUAUUUAUUGUCGGAUGUCGGUGACAUUACCGACAUAAUUAGCAAUAAUGUAUCCGCAACCACGGUGAAAAGAUCUGACACCACAGAUGUAUUAUCGGUAAACGUUAUAAAGUCACCGGCCCAGAAGGAACCAUUAUCGACAAAUGUUACUACAGAAUCGCCAUAUUUAGCGCCGACGACACCAUUAUCAAAUGAAUUGCCGGUACCUAAUGAACGUGAAUCUACGUUUACAUGGGUCGAUAACAGUAACACCUGUUCGUCGGUUGAAUUUAAUAACACCCAUGUUAAUAACGUGUUGGUUAACGUUUACACCGAAACUGAAAUGGAAAUUGAACGCAAAUCAUGGCAAAAACGUUUAGAAAACGCGGAACGGAAUCACUUGACACAACUCGAGGAGAUCCAGCAUGAAUUAAAAAAGGUUUUGGAUCAAAAACAAUCCGAAACCGCGGUAUUGUUAAAACGUUUAAAUGAUGUCGAAAAAGAAAAAAACGAAUAUUUUUUACGAAGCACCGAACAUAAAAAACGUGUCGAUGAACUGACUGAAAACCUGGCACAGUUGGAGUUGUCCAAUGAGCAUUUGCGAAUAACAAAGUUGAAACGGAACGUUGUAGACGAAAAACAUAAUUUAAUACGGGAUGUAUAUAAAUCCACGUUUGGUAAAGACCGAAUGGAAAUUUUAAUAGUCACAUGCUCCGGUAAUGGUAGCCAAUAUUAUGGUUUUCGACGUAAGCUUAAAGGCGCACUGAACGCCAUCAACAGUCGUACGCGCUUAGAGCACGGCGAUAGCGUGCAAUUAUGGUUUCUUUCGAAUAAUGCCAAACAAGACUACAUAGAUUGUAAAUCAUAUCUGUACGACAAAGCAAACGAAACGGGCAUUAAAUUGAAAACACACUGCAAUAGUAUCACUGUCGGUGGCACUCCGAGUAUCGAUAAAUUCAACACCGUGGAACUCAUGCAAGAUUUUGGUAAAUUGAUCGGCAUGAUUGAAUUGGACGCCGGAUUUCUACAGAGGGUGUUAGAAUUAUUACAGGACUGUUAUGUGCAGACGUCGUCGCCCACAUCAUCCCGACAUAAUCAGACAGAUACUGUUGAAGCUCUUGCCCAUUUCAUCUCGCAACAGUCCGAUCAAAUGGUUCGAGACAUAUACCAAUAUGUGUUUGAUGAUUACAAACAAUACAAACAGUUAAAUUAAUAUACUACGGUGGCUAUUUUUGUGUGCACUACGACACACUUUGUGCACUACGAAAAAUAAAAAUGUGCACCUGUGACUUUAUUAUAUGCAAGCUGCAUGGUACCAUCUGCAGCCGUACUUUAAGAUUUAAGAAACAAUUUUAUUUAUAAAAAAUUAAAAUAAGCUUUUAUAAUAUAAAAAUUAGAAAUUUUUAUUUGUAAAUUUGUGGUACUAUCAUUAUAUAUUAUAUAUUAUCUGCCUCUGCAGAUAAGGUUAUUCAUGCCAAAA